AUGCCGGCGGACCUUGUCCGCAUCAAGAGCCAGCAGGCAGUGCGAGCCGCAUCGCACCACCUCUUCCACGGGCCAAGCUGGAUGAGUCGAAUCGGUGGGGGUAUGCCUCACGAGGCGCCUCGUGAGGGUACGACACAGCUCAAGAAGGUGAUGGGGCUGUUUGGCCUGACCAUGAUGUCCACCGCAGCCAUCGUCGGCUCCGGCAUCUUCGUAUUGACGGGCGUGGUGGCGAAGAACUAUGCCGGGUGA